GCACUUAUCAAUCUGCCACCUUGUGCUUAAGAUGGAGAGAAGACAUCAAACACUAUGCCAUCUUUUCCUCAAAUGCCUUUUGUUGGCUGCGAUUUUGCUCUCCAACAGCUUCAACGAAAUUUCCACUGCUCAAGCCAUGCGGUUGCUCCACAAAUACAGGAGCAGUCUGCCCAACAAAAUGAUAUUCAUUGAUGAAUACUUUCCGCAUACUAUUUCAAGAAAUGAUGAAUUGUUGAGACGCAAGUUACACGACGACGUGCCAGGAGGACCCAACCCAGGUUUCCAAUUGAGUAUACGUAGGUUUCCACUAGAAUUUAUACGUGAAUCCAUUGAUGAGGCCAUAAAGGGAAAUUGGAAGCACUAUGGUAGGUUUCCAGAGGACCCGGACCCCCACAUUUCAAGCAGAAUGGAUCACCAUCAGGCCCUUAAAGUCAAGGAUGAUAGCUCUGUUUGAUUUGAUUUGAUUGCCAAUUGUUUAAUUUUAUUUUGUCCAAGGUUUUCAAUCCAUAGUGUACUUCGUCUAUGCACCGUUACUAUUAUACAUGCAUAAGAUCGAGUGGUGUAAUAUAAAUAUUCUGGAGUAUGCCUUUGAAAGUUAGGUUCAUACCUUCAAUGUAUACAUUUCCGAUUUUGAUAUACGUACUCUCCACGUCCUGCUACGGAUUCAUUUAUAAAUUUUCAUUAUUUGGUUA